AUGAUUAAUCACACUCUCCGUGCAUUUCACAGUGCGUUUGCACGUAGUAUAACAGAUUUUCGUUUUCUCACUUUUUUCACUAUUCGUUUUCUCGGGAAAAUUCCUUUUCACAAAACAAGCUCUGAACGUGUUCUUGUGGUGCAGAUUAUGGAGGAGAGUGGUGGUGAUUUUCCUGCUGCUGAAGAUUUGGUAGUGGACCACGUCCACGUCGACAAGGGCAAAAACGAAAAUAACCCUUCUUUGGCCAAACAUGUCCUGCUCUCCUCAGCCACGUCUGAUUCACCUUAUAUCAUAGGGGCUUCUGAGGAGUUUCCAUUGGGUCGACUUUAUGAAAUUGAUCAUUCCAAACUUCCACAGAAUUGCCCUUCUCAAAUAAAAUGUGUGAGCAUUGUAAUGGUCUGUGACAAAGGGGAGCAAGAAGUAUCUCUGAGGUAUCCAAGCCUUCACUCUCUUAGCACUCAUUUCAACCACCAAAGCUUUGGAAAGCCGGGCGGGAAGAAAAUCCCGACACUUGACGAGAAGUACGUGAUGGGAAUCGAAUUCGCCAUCAAAACACUUUGCAGAAGCAUCUCAGCUGAGGAGUUUGCUCAGAAAAGAAACUCAUGGAGCUUCUGGGCUUCUCCCACUGAAGAAACCUUUCUAAACCAUAACAGUCCAGUUAUCAAUGAUGCCGCUACUAGUUUGGUUUCCAAGCAGGGUCCAUGUUGGUCUCAGCUCAAGUUCACGGGUAUGGUGCAGUGGGGUCAACGCAGACAAGUUCGGUUCCUGGGCCGUCAUGAGGAGCAAAAGGUUGAAUCUUUACACCAACUUCAUAAGGAAAAAAGUGCCAUUUUUGAAAGGGAAAAGACUUAUAAGAAGAGAAAGAGCGUUGAAGAAGAAAUGGAGGCUGUAAAGGUAGCUCCUUUUGGGGUACUGAGGAUGACUCGUCAGAGCUUCAAAAAUCCACAAGAUAUGAGUAGUAGCAGCGGGGCUAAAAAGUCUAAGAAAGCAGAAAACGACACUAAGCAGCAGCAACUCGUUGUUUAUAGGAAAAAAGGGCGGAAAAUAUCAAUUGACAGAUGGUCUGCUGAGAGGUAUCACAUGGCAGAGGAGAAUAUGUUGAAGGUUAUGAAGGAAAGAGAAGCUGUGUAUGGAAACCCAAUAAUGAGGCAAGACUUGAGAUCAGAAGCACGAAAGUAUAUUGGUGACACAGGUUUACUUGAUCAUUUGCUGAAGCACAUGGCUGGAAAAGUGGCACCAGGAGGAGUUGAAAGAUUCCGCCGACGUCACAAUGCUGAAGGUUCAAUGGAAUACUGGUUAGAGAGUGCGAAUCUCAUUGAUAUCAGAAAGGAAAUGGGUGUACAAGAUCCUUACUGGACUCCUCCCCCAGGAUGGAAGCCUGGAGACAGCAUGUCACCAGAUCAUGUUACUAGGAAUGAGCUCAGGGAGAUAAGGGAGGAAAUAAUUAAGUUGAAACGAGAUAUGCUGGAUCUCAAAUCAAAAAAAGAAGAGGAAGCCUUGGCCAUUGUGGCUACUUCUAGUCCUUGUUUGUCAAGUUUGAACUAUAGGGACUAUGAUUCCCAGGUUGAUAAGCAGGAGAUUUAUGCUGAGCUGGUUCAUAAAAAGGCUAUAGUUGAAGAACAGCUAAAAGAAAUUACUCUGACUUUGAAUGGCAUGGAGGGCCAACUUGGAAUGCAGAAGCCAACAAUGUCAGAACCAUUAACACCACCAGCGUUAUUGCUAGGACCAACAUCAUCAUUGACAGAAAACAUUGGAGAAGUGACAAGGGAGAAUGACAAAGGAACAAAAUCAGCGGACACACAAAUGGUACGGAGCAGCGCAGCAGAGCAGAAGGCAGCAAAGAUAGAAAGACUGAAAAGUGGUUUUAAAAUCUGCAAACCAAGAGGUACCUUUAUGUGGCCAAAUAUGAGCUUGUCUCCUCAUGUUGUGGCUAACCUUGAUGAACUCACUGUGGUCCCAACCCCGUCCUCAGUUUCCUCUUCUACCACAUCAGCUCCCAAGCUUGUCUCCAAUUCCAAGACUGAGAACUUGCCACUAUCCAUACCUUCCCCUUCUUCUCCUGUUAAGCCACUAGCAGAGAGGCGCCCUGUGAGCACAGCUACUUUGACACAUGUCACUGGACCCUUUUCCCCUCACCUUUCUCCUCCAUUAGAGACCUCAAAAUCCACAAUCACCAAGAAGGAUUCUUCUAUUAACCUCAAUGAGACUCCUCUGGCCCAAGAGUAG